AUGAAGUCCUCUUCUAGUGUGAUGAAUGUUCCAAGUCUCCUGUUGCUUCUGUCUUCUUUGACAAUGUUCGUAAGCACAACCAAUGGUUUCACCUAUGCUUCUUCUUCCAUUUCCAAAUCCAUUCAAAGCAUUGUGGAUCAUUCCUCAUCCUCGUCGGUAUCAUCGUCUACUGCGUGUCUCAUGGCUCGCAAAAAGAAAGACGAUCCAGCACCACCAUCCAAGGGUGAUGUGGAUCCGGCCAGAAAGGCAGCGCUGGAGGGUGUCUUGAACCAAAUUGAACGAAGUUAUGGAAGAGGUUCCAUUGUCCAAUUGGGCGAUGCCCAUCACAUGGAGGUGGAUUCUAUUAGUACGGGAGCAUUGACACUGGAUGCGGCACUCGGAGGAGGUUUCCCCAAGGGACGUGUGGUGGAAAUCUACGGUCCAGAAUCCUCCGGAAAGACCACCUUGGCCUUGCAUGCGAUUGCGGAAUCUCAAAAGCAGGGAGGAACUGCGGCCUUUGUGGAUGCGGAACAUGCGUUGGAUCCACAAUAUGCUGCCGCUUUGGGAAUUGAUAUCGAUGCAUUGCUUGUCAGUCAACCCGAUUCGGGUGAAAUGGCAUUGGACAUUGUCGAUAAGCUGGUGCGAUCUUCCGCCGUCGAUGUCAUUGUGGUGGACAGUGUGGCAGCCUUGGUCCCCCGGGCCGAAUUGGAAGGAGACAUGAUGGAUCAACAAAUUGGUCUGCAAGCCAGACUCAUGUCCAAGGCCAUGCGCAAAAUUACCGGAUCCUUGGCGUUGUCUCAAUGCACGGUCAUUUUCCUCAACCAACUCCGGUCCAAGGUCGGUGUCAUUUAUGGUUCCCCCGAAGUCACUUCCGGAGGCAAUGCCUUGAAAUUCUAUUCGUCCGUGCGAUUGGACACUCGCCGCAAGGAAAUCUUGCCCGACAACAAGGGAAUCCGUGUCAAGGUCAAGGUCGUCAAGAACAAGGUGGCGGCACCCUUCAAGGCGGUCAUGUUGGAUAUUUUGUUUGGAGAAGGAAUUGAUUCGAUUGGAUGCAUGUUGGAUGCUGCCUUUGAUCUUGGCGUCGUAGAACGUAGGGGAUCUUGGUAUGCCUAUCAAGGCAAACAAUUGGCCCAAGGACGGAUCAAUACUGUGGAUCUACUAAAGACUGAUGAUGUGUUGAAGGCGCAGGUACAAGAAGAGGUUCGAAUCGCCCUGGCCAAGGUGGGAAAGCCAGAUGACGUUGCUGAUGCUGAUGAUAAGUUGCCAGUGGGUGAAUUUUUGGACACUGAUGCUAUGGAUGAACCAGUCAUUUCCGAAGAGAGUUCCAUCUUGGAAUAA